AUGGAGGAGAGAAAAAGAAAUAAAAACUUUAGUAAACAAGAACUCGAGGUUCUUAUAGAAGAAAUUAGCUCAAGAAAGAAGGUUCUCCUUGGGAGAAUCGAUAAUUUCACAACGGCGCAAAGUAAGCGUCUUGCUUGGGAACGGGUGGCGGAUGCUGUUUCAGCUGUGGAAAACUCCGUUAGGGAUGUGGACGGGGUGAAAAAGAAGUGGGCAGAUUUAAAGUCGGCAGUAAAAAAAAAAGGAGCCGAAAGAGCAAGGGAGCAGAGAAAAACAGGAGGUGGAUUACCAUCUGUAAAUCUGGAUCCAUGGGAGGAGAAAAUAUUGUCCAUUAUCGGUGAAACAGCUGUAACUGAAAUCGAUUCCGGCGUGGAUACAAAUGAAGUGAGCGUGACUUUGGAGCUCCUCCCGAUUGACCCACCCUGCACAAUGGAUUCUAGUUUGGACAGAGAAGUUGAAGAGGGUACCCUGGAGCCUGCAGAGUUCAGUUUGUCACAGGUCAUGUUUGAUGACAACCCUCCCCUGUACCAAACUCCAAAACCAAAGAGGUUGCGCACAGAGGAGAUGGUUGAUAUCCAGAGACAACUGUUAAAUGAAGUGACUGCACUCCGUAAAUGUCAGGAGGAGUUGCUUCAGGUGGAGAAAGAAAGGCUGGCCAUUGAACGAGAAAAACUAAAAUUAAAAUUUUUUGAAUUGUAAUUAUUUAUUUGUUUUUAAAUAUUAAUAUAUUUAGACGGUAAUAUACAUAUUGGUAACAGAAUUAUAAUAAUUGAGCAAUAGUAAUGUACUUAUUUUAUUGUAAUUUAACUUGACUGACAUUUUAAUAAAUAUGAAUUUGUAAACAAUUGCAGUAACACUUUGUUUUAGGUAAAUCGUGUAGCUAUUAGAUUAUUGCGUGCUUGCAAUCCUGAGUUGCUAGGAGGGUUUGCAGCAU